AUGGAUGAUUUGCCUAACUUCAUAGAUGGUGUCAGUAUUGACGGGCAAGAAGUUUACAAUGCUGGCGAACACAGUGUUAUACUCAUGGUUAUAGAUGGCUUAAGAUAUGACUUUGCUACAGAAGAAUACAUGCCAUACACAGGGGAGCUAUUAAAAAAUAAAUCUGCAUGUAUCUAUGUUUCUGUAGCAGAACCACCCACCGUAACAAUGCCCAGAAUUAAGUCACCGGAGAGAAAAAAGGAGAAAGCACAAUGGAGGCGCACCAUAAACUUCUGGCGAGAUAUAUUUGCCAUGAUGACGGGCAGCAUUUCGACGUUCGCCGACGUCGCCCUGAAUUUCGGGGCCCCGGCUGUGCGAGGGGACAGCGUUUUGAGGGUCGCCUCGUCCAGGGGCAGACGCUCGGUCCUCUACGGCGACGACACGUGGUUGCGCCUCUUCCCCGGCAUGUGGGCGGAACACGACGGGACCACUUCCUUCUACGUAACGGACUACACGGAAGUUGAUAAUAAUGUCACCCGCCAUUUGGACAAAAUUCUGACACCCGACGAGAAUAGCAAGCCAGUUUUCGACUUCCUCGUCCUGCACUAUUUGGGGCUAGACCACAUCGGCCACUUGGAGGGUGCGCGCAGCCUGAAAAUCAAGCCCAAGCUUAUUGAAAUGGACCAAGUGGUCGAGAAAAUAUACACCGCUAUGCAGAAAUGGGACCGCACCGGGGUACUGAUAGUGUGUGGCGACCACGGAAUGAGGGACGCGGGUGGUCACGGCGGGGCCACCACAGCGGAGGUUCUGGUACCACUCCUGGUGCUGAAGAGUGACGGUUUCCAAUGUCCGCAUCCACUGGGGCCGGGGCCGACUGUGGCGCAGGUGGACGUGGCGCCGACUGUAGCAUGGCUGCUUAGGGCUCCGCCACCAGGUGACAGCGCCGGCCGGGUGUUACCCGCUCUCAUGCCAGCGGAUACCCGCCAGCAUCUGUACCUGCUGCAUACACUGGCAUUGGGGAAUGCGCGUAGCGGGUUGCCGACCAGCGCAGAAUUCUACAUGCAAUUCAAACGCGCGGAGAAACAAUUCGCCCAAUACCUGUCCACGGGCCAGCGGAGCGCCGCCAAGAUCGCGAAGGAGUUCUACGACGAGUCUCUGCAGGAGAUGUCCAAAUACCUGACGGAGACCACGGCCGAGUUCGACCUGUUCGCCAUCACCCUCGCAACGGUUUUGCUGUACAUGAUCGCCGCUUCUUUACUCUGCGUGACUCUCUACUCCUUACAAACGGAGACGCGCCCCAAAAGCUUGCACGGCCACGCGCGCUCCACCCUGAGCGGUUUCAUCGCAUUCCUCGUCAUGUAUCUAGUCUUCUCCUGCUCGCUGGUCAUCGCGUGCUUCAUCACGGAGACGAGGAGCCGCUUCUGCAGCUUCGAGCCCCUCUGGUGCGUCGGAUUCCUCGCGGCCGCGUUCGCUAUCACCGUCGCCUACUUCCUCGUCAAGGCCGCCGUCGAAACGGUCAAGGACACGACCGCGUUGCGAGAGCUCAACGCCAUCGACCACCUGCUGAUACUCGGCACGCUGUUCCACUCCUGGUCGUUCUUCGGCACCAGCUUCAUAGAGGAGGAGCACCAUGACGUGAGAUGGAGCGGCGCGACGGAGACGCAGGAGAAGCCGGAGCUGGAGGGGAGGAUGGGCCAGGUCGGCGUGGGUAUACUGCCGCAGUGGGUGCUGCUAAUCGCCCUGCACAGGUACCUCCGCACGAUGAAUCAAACAGGCGACAGAUGGCUGUUCCUGCCUGACACAGCAGACUGGCUGAACGCGCCAGAGAACGCUUUCUAUCUUCAAGCGCACUUACUGAUAGGAACCGUAUCGACUCUCGGCAUAUGCCUAUGGAACGUGAGGCACAUGAACAACCGGAUGCACGUGCACACCGCGCUGACAGCCGCCGCCGGGGCCUGCGUGAUGCUGUACAGGAUCGCCGCAGGCGCCCUGGACUCGCCACACCCUUGGCUGGGGACCUUGGACAAGGUGGCGAUAGUCGACGUCUUCUGGGCCCUGCUGGCCGCGCAGUUCCUUUACGAAACACUCAGCUAUGUAGGCGUGUUCAGGGUCUGCAGCCCAGCAGACGGCUUCGGCUACAGCAAGCCCAAAGAGAAGACGGAGGAUCACCACUACGAGGCGAUGGACGAGCCCUGGAGCCUGGACAGCGCGAAGCUCACCCUGGCCCGCUCUCUGACCCACUUGAUGCUGAACGACCUGAUGCUGAUCAUCGCCUUACUGAUGAGGCCGCAUAACGUGAUAAUGGUGCCGAGCGUUAUAGCUACCUGCUCGCUGACCGCAAGAUGCCUCGACCACAGCCUUCUAGACUAUCGGAGCGGCCGCGGCAAGGAAGUGGCCGAUUUGAUAGGGCAAACGCUCGCGCAUCUAUGGAUCGGGAUGCUGUUCUUCUUCUAUCAGGGCAAUUCGAACAGCCUCGCGUCCGUGGACCUGGGCGCGGGCUACGUGGGCCUGAGCGCGUACUGCCCGCUGCGCGUGGCCGCGCGCAUGGGGCUGCACGCGUACGCGGGGCCGGCGCUCAGCGGCGCCGCGCUCUACUGCCGCCUGGCGGACCGCGCGCCCCACUGGACGAGCUACCUGGAGUCGGUGUGGCGCGUGUGCAACGUGCACGCCCUGCACCGCGUGUACUCCGUGGCCGUGUACGCGCUGGUGGCGCUGGUCUUCCGCCACCACCUGUUCGUGUGGUCGGUCUUCUCGCCGAAGCUGCUGUACGACCUGGCGGCGACCGUGCUCGCGGUGCAGGCGCUCGCCACCGUCGCCCAGAUAGUCGUCCUGACGAACCUCACCGCCAGAAUAGCGAGGGCGCUCGCGUACAGAGCCGCGUCGCGUUCCCCCCCUCAUCCCCCAAAGUAUGUAAGGGUGACUUUGGCUGAAGGUCUACAUGUCGCCCAUCCCCUGUUCAGUAACGCAGCCCCCCUCCCCCCUCCAAGGUAUGUGAGGGUGACUUUGGCUGAAAGUCUGCAGGUGACCCAUCCCAUAUUCAAUAACGCAGCAAAGGUAUGUAAGGGUGACAUUCCUUUACAAGUCCGCGUCGUUAUAGCACUACCGGCGCUUACCGGCCUUGUCCCAUUCCGUUCGACAUUACAACAUGCAAUACGC